AUGGCUAGGUUGGAUGUUGUCGAGACAUUUCAUGGUAUUUCUUUUCCUGGACACCUGCACACACAGGAUUCCUUGCAGCAAGCUCUAAACUUCCCAUUUCAGGACACGGAUAUCCUCAUCGUCUCCUAUCCAAAGUCAGGCACCACAUGGAUGCAGGAAAUUGUGAGUCUCAUAUCCAACAAAGGGGACCCCCAUUUGUCCCAGAAUGUCCCAAACUGGACUCGCUCUCCUUGGCUAGAGCAAUAUUAUUUUGCUGCAGUACUGGAGUCCUCCCCUAGCGCACCUCGGAUCAUCACCACACACCUGCCUCAUCACUUGCUGGGCCCCACCCUCCAGCGCUCUAAAGCCAAGAUUAUCUACGUAAGCAGAAACCCCAAAGAUGUUGUUGUGUCGUUUUAUCACUUCCACAAAAUGGCCAACUUCCUCCCUGAGGCUGGCCUAUUUCCAGACUUUUUAAAGUUAUUUUUGGAGGGCACACUGUCAUAUGGCUCCUGGUUCAAACAUAUUAAAGACUGGACCGAUCAAACAGGCACCAUGGACAAUCUGCUUCACAUCACUUAUGAGGAGAUGUCACUGGACCUACAUGGAGCCAUAAAGAGGGUGAGCUCUUUCUUACAGUGCCCCCUGAUGGAGGAGGAGGUCAACAACUGUGUUAACCACUGCAGCUUUAGCAGCAUGAAGCACAACAAGAUGGUCAACUACACCCUGGUCGAUCAAGAGAUUAUGGACCAUAGCAAGGGAUCUUUCAUGAGAAAAGGUAAAAUUGGAGAUUGGAAAAACAUGUUCACGGAGGAGCAGAAUCAAUAUUUCAACAGCGUCUUCAAGUCCAAGAUGAAAGGCUGCACAUUAGACUUUGUGUGGGAGGAGGAAGAUAAAGAAGAUGGCCAGACCAAUGAUAAAACAUCUCUACACAAUAUUUAGUUAAAUGAAAUCUUUGUACAUCCUGUGACAUAGGGGCAGGAGUUGAUGAUGCUCUCCAAAUGGCAAUUUAAAUUAAGUUAGUUGUAAAUAUUAAAUUAACAUGUACUAAAACAGACCUGUUUUCUAAACUGUGUCCAACUUGAAUCCAGCUUCAGUUUUCUUUUCUAUUUUUACUAAUGUGCAGUUAGAUAGAAUGUCUUUUGCACAAGUAGCACAUUAUAUUUUCAAUACAUACAAGUGGCAAAACUAAGAGCAGAGGGGGAAGGACAUAACAGAACACAAUAUACCUGUGGUUGAAAGGAUUAACUCUGAUAAUACAUGAAAAAGGUGCUGGUUACAUUUGCUAUAACCAUGAAUCCCUGGUGAGUAGUAGCUGACAUCUGAUUGGGAGGUAUGGUUGCCUGAUGUAACUAUAAUUACAGAACAAAGAUGGUGCUGUGGAUAUUUCUUUUAAUCAUAGGCCAUAACAGAAAAAAUCAUUUAGCUAUUAAUAAAAUCUUUUAUAGUGAGGUGUAAAAACAGUAGACAAAUUAAAUCACUGGUUCUCAUAUUGAUUACACUUUUACUCUUGUCAGCUGUUGUAGAACCAACUCAGAUCUUUUUUAAUUGUUCAUUAUCUUAUUCUGCAUUCAAGGUUGCAGUAGCACUUUAUUUUAGAGGGCCCUAAUUACCCCAUAACUUCAUAGUCAUAAGUGUAAUUAGAUAGUAAUUUUUGUUAAGAAUAAGGUGGUAAUUGGGUCAGUGACAAACGAGGGUUGGCAAGAUUAAAAAAAAAAAAAAAACAUUCCCAAAAACUUGUUUUUAAAGCAUGCAUUUGUUUUGUUAGAAUGUAAAAUUUGUAUUUUGGUUGGUUUCAGGUACUUUAAAAUACAGUUUUUACAUUUUUUGUAAAAAAGUUAGAUUAAAAUGAUCACAAAUGAUCAAUCACAAAUGGAAGUACAGAAGAAUGAACAUAUUUUUCUCCCAAUUUAAUCUCAAAGUAAGACACCUGGGUGUGAUGAAAACUUUCUUCAACAUAAUUUCAGAGUGUUAGCACAGGAGGCCUGGCAUUUAGUCUGUUUUGUAAAUAAGAUCAAAUAAACUUAGAAUAUUAUGAAAUUAUCUUGCCCCCCCCCCCCCUUUUUUUUUUUUAAAAGCAAAAGUUAUUUUGAUUCUAUAAUCAGACUGUACCGGACCGAAACGAAUCGAAUCGUAGUCUGUGAACCGAGAUUCGAAUCAAAUUGUCUUACGAAAGAGUAACUUCUAAAAUGAUUAUACACAUAAUUUAAUCCCGAUUACACCCCUGACCUUUUUCACCAUUUUAUUAAUGAAAUUUUGAUUAGUCUGUAAUGUUUGCAAUGUGGUUCUUUUAUGAAUGUAACUCUCAAACUUUGGCUAUAAAUAAAGUUGAAUUUAGAAACAAAAAUCUAAAACUUGAAAUGUGUUGUAUUGGCAAAUUGUCAAAUCUCAGAUGAAAGGUCUGUGAGUGGCCAACAGAACAGAAUGGUCUCUCCAAUUCUUUGUUAAUUUGGUUGUAUUUUAUCCUUACUUUCUCCUAUUUUACCCCAACCCUGGUUAUGUUGUGAUAAUUGUUUGGUAAUUAGGUGGUAUUUUACAAAGAAAAAAAACAAAACAAAAAAAAAACACAUCUCUUUAAAAAGAUGAUGGUUUUCCAUAUAAGUUCCUUCAUUAUUCCCAGGUAAUAUCUUUAUUUUGGCCCACUGAAUUAAAGCGAGUCCUUCCUACCACCUAAUUACCAGAGAACUGCCAAAUAUUAGAAGGAAUUACUUGGUAAUGAAUGCAUUAUUGUUUGGUAAAUACUUCCUUAUAUAACAUAUUUCAAAGUUCGUACUUAAUAAAAUAGCAACUCUUUUGCCUGCUAGGUAGUAACCACUUUUUUACUGAGAGAUUACUAGAUAAUCAGCAGAUUUGCAUAGUCAACAGGCAGAGAUGGUAAACUUGGCUGUAAGGGAAACCUUUGGCUUACUUUUUUAUAUAACUUUUUAAGGUGGCAUGUCAUAUGGCUUUAUCACCUCUGAACACAAUGCCCUGUGGUCUAGCUGAAAUGUCUGAGCCCCGCUUCGGUCUCUUUAAAUGCACAUGAGCUCCACCCACCCCUCUUCCUCAGGAUGUGCCAGCAUGAGUGUGCCUCUAUGGUAGCUGGUUGAGGUUUCAGGUGAGGGGCAGAAAUUAUAAUGACUGUCAUUGCAAUGAACGCAGAUUCUGAACAAACCAUCAGAUUUUGUGUUUUCAGAGAUAGGGGACCAUGAACAAAGAACUGGUUGGCUUAUUUCACAUCUUGUGGGUUGGUAAAUACUUCAUGUGCAUGAAUAUUUUUGCAAAAAUGCUAAAAGAAAAAAGUUUCCAUGAUACAUCCUCUUCAGAGUCUCUGGUGAUUAGGAUCCUACUGGUUUACAAUCUUUGUAUCAAGCUGAGCGAUCAAGCUGCUGGUUCAAGGUCCACUAUAUAGAAAUAUAUUGAUCUUCUAAUCUAACUCUUAGAAAGAAAAGAUAAUUAUUGUCUCUAAAAAUAUCAAACUAUGCAUCUAUGGCUUCUUUCAGUUAGCACUCUGGUGUUGGCACACUCAAAUUCAAACUGAGAUGAACACAACAUUUGUUAUGUUGAACUUGUGAUUUGUUUGUUUAUUCAAUCCAUGUUAGAUGAAAUUCAGUCAUAGAUUAUUGCAAAAAAAAAGAAAUUCAGGUUACCUCUAAAGCAGCAUUUUAAACCUUGCCUGAUAUGACUGAGUUUUGCAUACUGCAACGUAGUCUUUGGUUUAAGGUUUUGCUUAAGCAUGACAGGAAGUCAUGAAAAAAAACCACAGUGUUUCAGAAGAAACACCCAAAUGAGCCACUGCCAAGUAAACAUGUUGUGAGAAAAGCUGAGAGGAUGUUUUUCUGUCCUACAUACAUUUAAAUGAUUUGUUUCCUUUAACAAAUUCCAUUGGUCAUAACUAUUACCUCUGAGAUUAAGACUACACAGAUUCUGUUGGGUAUGAAGAUGUCUAAUUAUGAAGAAGGAGCAUUAGCCUAAACCUCAUGCUCACAAUGUUGUAGGAUUCACUAUGACCUCUGAGUUAACUUUACUAUCACUGUGCAUGAUGAGUAUCUAGUGGAACAGGAAAUAAAGGGGGAAGUAGUUUCAUACUAGUGUGACUAAGAGAGACAUUAAACUUUGACAAAAAGCCAAAGCGGUACAGCAUGCAUUGCUUACAAUCUCUCAGGAACUGGAAGUGAGAUCUCUGUGGAGUAAAUGUGAUCAGAAGUUUGCCUUUUCUCAAAUCUACGGACGGUACCUGGAAUUUACAUCCCUUUCAAAAAAUGUUUUUGCUUUUUUACUGCAAAUCCACAUUGCUUAACCCAUGAUAAUCUGAUGAUUUGUUACAAUGAAAAAUUUAGCAGUGUUGCAAUCAGUCCUAAAUUUUGACACUGAAAGUAAAAGAUAUCAACUUCUUGUCAGCUUGUCUGCCAAUGACAAUGCUUCAAUUUCUUCUUCUAUUGUUUUCUUGGCAGUUGUGAGUGACUAAUCAGGGCUAACUAAAGAGCAACAAGAGUACAGAUAGUUAUCUACCAGUUUGGAAAGGUAAGAAAGAAAAUCGUAAAAAAUGAAAGUUUCUGUAGUGUGUUUGUAAGCAAGUUUUUAUUCUUUCCUCUAAUAGACAAGGCCUAUAGCACAGGUGUCAAACUCAAGGCCCGGGGGCCAAAUCCGACCCAUGGAACGAUUAUAUCCGGCCCGUGAGAUCAUAUCAUAUUUGUAUUAUUACUGGCCCACCAGA